GCCGGCGGUGCGCUGCGUGUACGCCCCGCUGCUGAGAGCGAGUGGCUCACAUGCGGUGCGGGCAGCCGUGUGUCUGCAUGUGGGAAGUACGCAGACCUCUGCAGCCAGCAGCGUACAGCAAGAGCAGCAACAACAACAACAAUUAUUGGUACUACUACUGUUAAUGCUAAUGAUGGACAGCCAAAGGCGGUGAUGGCUAAUGCUGUGGAAUGGAGUGAUUUGUUUAUAACAGCAAGCCGAGAUCAUCAGUGUCGGGUGAAGAAUGAUACUAAAAUUCAUAAUUUAAAUUGUUCGGCGUAUAAGAAAGCUCGUAUAAUUGAUGGAGUUUCGGAUCCUACUCCCGAUUUGACACCGGCGCAGGCUGCUGAAAAGAAACCGGGUGCUCCUCAACCACUUGGGGAAGAAGUGCGUUUGGUAGAAGAGGCAGUACGUGCACAAGAUCGUUCUUUAACUGAGGUCCCAUCACUUACUACGUCUACAGUGACCCAUUCAGAUCCUGUAAUCAUCAAGAACAAUCCUUUAAUAGCAUCUCCCAUUGCAGCUUCAGAUGAGCCAGGUAAUGGAGAAACAGGAACAGGUGCGACACCAACGCCACGUCAAACUCAUGGGUCUACUACAGCACCACAAAGUGACAACGAAGCGCCGAAUAAGGGUAACAGUGCGCCUGCCGUGCCAGACUCACGAGGAACCAGUUCCACUACUCCGCCGAGAACAGAAAAUCAAAUAACAGAACAAAAUACUCCCACAGAGAGUAAUAGUUCACCUGGCAGCUCAAAUCCUACACAGCAACCAUCUCCUGCAGGUACGACUUCCAAAUCAGGCUCAGAAGAAACCACUUCCACUACUCCGCCGCUCCCGAAGAACACUGUCAGUGAAGCACCAUCCAUCACUCCUUCUCCUGUUUCCAUAAGCGACUCAGAGUUCAGCAGCAGCAGCGCUCCCACUGUACAUAACAAAGCUAAUGUUGACAGCAGUAUCAGUCCUGUGUGGAUGCGCACUGCAGCACCGCUGCUGAUUGUGGCUGUGUUGGUCUCCGUUACUGUGUACUGA